AUGGAACGCUUCGUUUUGGAGGAUGUGGUUGCACCGCCAACACACACUGCCGAUACACCGCUUAAAGACUGGCGGCUCAAGUAUCAGGCGGGCACAAUUCAGAAAAAUGACUUCACUGAUUUCUUUCAAAAGCAAUCACGGAAAUAUUUUCAUUACCAGUAUGAAGCAGAGCAAGAUGCUACUAGACCCAGCUUAAAAUGCACUUACAACGAAGCUGGCGCCAAGGAGCACAUCAUAAAUGUUUUAAUGGAAUUCGUGCUGGGCGACAAUCCGAAAAUCGUGCUUGACAAACUGCAACAGGAGGGCAAUACCGCCACUGUGUGCGGCAAGGUGUUCAAAAAUGGCGAACCAACGUACAGUUGCCGCGAGUGUGGCAUGGAUCCCACUUGUGUGCUGUGUGUGAAUUGCUUUAAACAAUCUGCGCAUCGCUAUCACAAGUACAAGAUGUCAACUUCAGGCGGCGGUGGUUGCUGUGAUUGCGGCGACGAGGAGGCAUGGAAGAAGGAUCACUACUGCGAAGAGCACUUACGCGGAAAGGAGAAUCCCGCUAGCAGCACAAUCAUCACCGACGCGAUUAAGGAACGUUGUGAGGUGGCAUUCACUGCAAUUCUAACAUUUUGCGUCUCUUUCCUCGAAAUCGAAUCAAAUGCGAGUCUCGAGUGCUUGGAUGGCGACUCAGAUGAUGGUCAAGAGGAGUGCUUUUGCACUGUCCUCUAUAACGAUGAGUCCCACACGUUCGACCAAGUCAUACAGACGCUGACGAAAAUUGCCAAGUGUCGCCAAAAGGAUGCCAUGGAGAUUGUGGCAGCUAUUGAUCGCGAGGGUCGCGCUGUUGUCAAAUGUGAUACGUUUAGUGAAUGUUGCCAAUUGCAGGAGGCUAUCGAAAAGCAAGCCGUCACUACUCUAUCGGCCUUACACACGCCACGCGCCAAUCAAUCGUUACGCGUUUCUGUGCUCAACAUACGCGCUGUAGCUUGCCAGCAAUUUGCCCUGCAGCUACUUUCCUGGUUUCAAGAGUUUCUCAUCAAACACUGCAUCUUCAGGCAAAUAUUUGCUCGCCUCAUAAUGGAUCGUAAAGCCCCCUACUGCAUACGUCAUAUACUCGAGUAUGAUGUUAAGUUGUGGAAGACUGCCCGCUCCUGUUGGCAUCGUCUGCUCAUCUCUGGCAUGCUAAUGGAGUACGAUAACAAAAUGGCGUUGGCACAAGAGUUCUCCAAACAUUAUGCAUCAGUUGUGCAGGAUUUCAUACGCGACGAUCAUGAGCAUUCAUUCUCGAUUGUGUCGCUGAGUGUGCAACUUUUUACGGUGCCAAGUAUAGCUCAUUAUUUAAUUGCGAACGAGGGAAUUUUUCACAAAUUGCUCCACACCUUCUACCAUGCGGCCGUGGAGACGUACAUAAAAAAUAAAACAUUGCAAUUUGCAAAGAAUGUGAAUGUGUCUUUUAAACGUGCCGCUUAUAUACUCUACGAUUUGCGUUAUAUACUCAGUUUCAAGCCGGACGUAUGGACGGAUGAAUUGCGCGAAGGAUUUUUGGAAGGUUGUAAGGCGUUGCUGAAGCUGUUGAAUGUGAUGCAGGGCAUGGAGUCGACAACACGCCAAACCGGACAGCAUAUGGACUACGAACCGGAAUGGGAGUGCGCUUUCAAUUUGCACAUCAAAUUGGCCACCACCAUUACGUUGGUGUUGGAAUGGUGCGCCACUGAUGCAGUGGUGUUGAAUAAACUUUAUCAAAUGGUAAUGCGUUACCUCAGCACAAAUGUUUUCAUUGUGGAUCGCGUACCGAAGCGUGAGGAGCGCCAGGUCGCUGGCCAUGUAGCUGAGUGUAUUGUAUAUGAUGUGGCUUCUCGCCCCGUCUCCAUACAUCUGCCAUUGUCGCGCUUCUUUGCUGGCAUAUAUUUACAUCUGGGUUCAUUUGGUUUGACAUUCGACAAUGCGGUGACCGGACACAAACGUUCACCCGAAGAGAUUAUAGAACCAAUUCUGUGUACACAAACGAUGAUUGCUCAGGUUCACGCAGGCAUGUGGCGCCGCAACGGCUACUCACUACUUCAUCAGCUCUACUUUUAUCGCAUUGUACGUUGUCGCGGCGAAAUGCUGGAUCGCGAUAUUAUCGGCCUGCAGAUUGGUGCUGCUCUUAUCGAGAGCAAUCAAUAUCUAAUACAUAUUUUAAAUAAAUAUAAUUUAAUAAAAUGGGCACAACCGGAUUAUGAAAAGGAUCUAACGGCACAAGCGGUAGAUGAAGAAUAUUUGUUGUCGAUGAUCGAAGAAUUUUUGGAACUGUUAAUUGUAAUCAUCGGCGAGCGCUAUGUACCGGGUGUAGCUGAUGUUACCGAAGAUGAUCGUAUUAAAAAGGACAUCAUUCAAUUACUCUGUAUUAAGGCAUUUUCGCAUUCGGAGUUGAAUCGUGCUCUACCAGAAAAUAUUAAUGAUACACCUUUAGAAGAUGUCAUCGACCAGGUGGCAGUGUUCAAAAAACCACAAAAGUCGGACGCGAAGGGCGUCUAUCAGCUCAAAGAAGAGCUCUACGAUGAUUAUAAUAUGUAUUUCUAUCACUACACUAAGGAGGAGAAGUCCAAGUCGGAGGAGACGCAACGUUUGCGGCGUAAAAACAAAGGUGAACUGGUCUGCUGUCCACCACCCAAGCUGCCCAAGUUGACCGAAGGGUUUGUCUCUAUUGCGAAUUUGCUGCAGUGUGAUGUGAUGAUGACGAUAUUAACAACUGUACUGGAUCGGGCUAUUGAUGUAUCCUCAAAUAGCUUCGCUGAAAACCAUUUGCAGGAGGUACUCUACCUAAUUGGCUAUGGCCUACAAGAGGAGCAAUCGGGCUAUUAUCCGUUCCUCUCUUUUCACGAACAGGCUCGGAAAUAUAAUAUGCUAUCUAAAUUGGAUGAGUUAUCUCGCAGCGCUAGGGUUGAAGCUCAUCGUGAUUUCAUACUCUGGACGAUUAAGAAAUUCAAGGAGCUACAAGUCCAAGACGAAGAAGCUGCCGGUGGAUCAGAGGGUACAAUGCCAGCGGAAGACGAAUCAGUUGAGGAUACACGUCCUCUCACCGCUGCCGAACAGGAAAAGCAAGAGAAAGAAGAACGCGCACGUUUAGCCGCCCAACGUCGCGCUAAAAUAAUGGCACAAAUGCAAAAUGCCCAAAAUAAUUUUAUGAAAUCGAAUGCCGAAAUGUUUGCUAGCGCCAACGUACAGCCGAGCAGUCGUGAUCCGUCGACUGCAAUGGAAUGGCAAGAAGAUGUUUCGAUGUUGCACGAAGAAGGUGCAGUGGCAUAUAACUCCGUAGCUUGUCUCGGGGUGGAGCGACGGUUACAACAGCCGGAAGAGCAGAGUUUUAAAUGUAUUCUAUGUUUUGAGGAUUGUACCGUUAGCAAGGAUGGACCGACACUAGUAUACUCAGCAUUCGUGCAGAAAUCGAAAGUGUUGAAGCCUGAAACGAAAUAUGAAUAUUCGGUACAUACGAGUAGUUGCGGCCACGUAAUGCACGUUGAUUGCUGGCAGGAGUACUACAACAACGAAGAAUCGAAAGAGCAACGUCGCCCACAUCGCGGUCGUCAGCCCUUUCAGCAAACACCACAGAGCACUGAAUUUCAAUGCCCCUAUUGCCGUUGUCUAAGUAACUCGGUACUUCCGAUAUGCGCGCCACUAUCGAAGUACUCCAUGCCUUUGGUUUUCCAUAAAGGCGACGAAUUGUUCCCCAUCGAUAUGUGGAUUGAAGUUCUGAAAACUCUCGGCGAUGAAUUGAGUAUGCCGGCGCUUGAAGGAAAUAUCGAUCGAGUUUUGCCACCGGCCCACUCAAUUUUGUCCCGCGCAAAUCUGUAUGCUAACAUCGCACAAUUCGAGCGCAUCGCACAACCCAUAGAUAAAGUAGAGUUGCCGACAAGCUGGACUAAUUAUUUACAACAUUACAUAAAAUCAGUGCGUCAGCAUUCACCAAUCGAUUUUGAGACUUCGGAGAAGGAAGGACUGCUGUGGCUGUGGAAUACAUGCAUCUACACAGUACAAGCGUUGGAAGUUUACCUGCGUGCAGUGGGUAAGCCAUUCAAAAGCGAAAUGUCCAUACGACACAAAAGUUGCUUAAGUGGGCUAAUACGUGCAAGCUGUUUGUAUGGCAUCAACCUGACUUGUACAGAUGUGAAGAAUUUGAAGGAACCAGCCGCUGAAUUGCUGGACACAAUAUUCAAACAGAAAGGCAACUCGGUAGUGGAGUGGAACUGUUUCAACAUGAUGGUGCAAAUGAUAUGCAUGGUUCCAAAUCUAAUCUUCUCAUCAUCGCAAAAAGCCGUUGUCGCCAACGGCAGCAUUAUGGAUUUCUACGCAGUGCAGUUAUUCUUCCUAGCAAAUAUGGUGAAGGCAAUCGUGCUUUUCGAGCCAUCCACAUCGCACAGCGGGAUGGAAAUGGAUGUCGAUGAAGAAUAUGAUCAGGAAGUGAAGCAGUUACCACAAAAAGUACGCGAUAACAUUGCAAAAUUCUACCGCAAAUAUAAUUUUGCAACUCGCCGUCAAUCAUGCACGUCCGCCCAACAACUGGGUCGAUCCAGGCCACAACCCCAAACGCCACCGAAAACGGAGGAGACCGCUACACAAGAAACCCAAUCGACAGCUGAACCAACUGCCGAUGCUGAGGCGUUAAUGGGUGAAUAUAUUGCCGACGAUGAGUUCAAAGCACCAUGCGAUUUGAGUACUAUUGCCGCGCUUUAUGAUCACAUCAAAAUGGAAAUGCGUGAAUUUUUGCGCUGCUGUUGUCUGUUCUUUCACUUUAUCACUGAAGUAGAAUUUCCGGAUGAGCUCAGCUACACGGCCAGUGACACAUACGAGAACAUGUGCAAAUACUUAGGACUACAGACCGGUCUGGAAACAUAUUUCGAUAGUGAAGGUUGCUAUGCAUCCAUUUUGGAGAUAUUUGCCUCGCAUCCCGAUAUUGUUUACUGCGACGUGGCAACGAAAAAGAAGCGCUGUGGCAGAGAAUUUGCUGUGGUGCCAUGCACGCGUGCGGUGCCCAGAUUGGUGGAUUUACCCGAAGACUUCAGUGAUCUUAUAAACAGUGUUUCGGACUUCAUUUGCCCAAAUAGCGAACGUGAGGAAAUGAAAACACCAACGAUGUGCUUGGUAUGUGGCAAAACUAUAUGCGCACAGUCAUUCUGUUGCCAGCCAGAAUUAGAUGGACGUACUGUAGGCGCUUGCACUUAUCAUGCCCACUUUUGUGGUGCGGAAAUUUGUGUAUUCCUACGCGUACGCGAUUGCCAAAUUGUCUAUUUGGGACGCAAUAAGGGAUGCUUUGUAUAUCCGCCCUAUCUUGACGAAUAUGGAGAGACUGACCAGGGUUUGAGGCGAGGCAACCCAUUGCGCUUGUGCCCAACACGCUAUAGUAAAAUACACCUGUCCUGGCUGGGUCAUGGAUUGUACGAGGAAAUUGCUCGAUUAAAUGAUAAUACGUCCGUUGUGGCCACACAGUGGCAUCACAUGUAGUCGUUUUGGUGGAGGCCAGCACAACGAUGUCGGGCAUAGAAAUAUACAUACAUAGGAAGUGACGACGAAGAAGAAAGUAUAUACGACACUGAGAUGGCGCAAAAAAGUUGUCAACUUAUGUGAUUUAUGUGAGCUAAUUAUAUGAAACUUAUCGGGAAAAUUACAUUACUUUCUCCAACAACAGCUUGGAAAAAGCGAAAGAAACUAUUGGAAUUUUAUUCCCGUUACGAAUGUAUAGUUUUGCUUUUUGAAUUUGUAAAGAACUAUUUUUUUAUUUUAUUUAUUAUAAACUACUUAUAAUGAAUGCA